AUGUUUGUCGUUCGAGAGGACGGCGGCUCUUCACCUGCAGCGGCUUGGGGGGGACAAACAACCACAACCUGCCAUAUUUGUCUAUCGCGAGAGCUGACGUCGCUGGACUCCAUCCUUUCCUGUGACGGACAACAACAGCAAGUUCUCUCCCUUAGGGAUGAAAUAUGCACAUGCACGCUCUGCGCCCGUAGAAAGAAGCAGACGACACACACUGUAAAGUCCAAAGUGGCCCUACAAGCAGCAAGGCAAUUACUCUUGCAGCAGCCAGGCAGUGGCCUGAAAUCUCCAAAGAGCCAGGACAAGCAGCGUCCACUGCAGGUUCCCGUGUCGGUGGCCAUGAUGAGUCCCCAGGUGAUCACGCCGCAACAGAUGCAGCAGAUCCUCCAGCAGCAGGUGCUUUCCCCGCAACAGCUCCAGGCCCUGCUCCAGCAGCAGCAGGCAGUUAUGCUACAGCAGCAACACCUGCAGGAGUUUUAUAAGAAACAACAGGAGCAGCUUCAUCUGCAGCUUCUGCAGCAGCAACAUCCUGGCAAACAGGUUAAAGAGGUGGGUGCAGCACUUCCACACAUUUUCACCACACAAAAAAAUGAUGCCAAUGACUCAAAGGAGACGGAACAAGUUGGACUACAUGCGUAG